UAUUUAGUAUUUAUAGUAUUGAGGCAAAGUAAGCAAACAAAAUCAUUCAUACUUAGCAAUAAGGCAUGACGCCUUACUAUGGCUGCUGUCUGCUGAAAUUGUCACCAUUUACGUAAUAUAAGCGAUAAGAAUUUGCAUAUUUUGAACAUAAUCGAUAAGAAGAAAUCGAUUCUUGUUGCCGACAUAUACAUAUGUUCUUUUAUGAUUGUAUAUAUAUACAUAGAUAGAGAGAGAGAGAAAAGAUCAAGAAAGUAACUAAGAGAGAGAGCAAAGGUUAGAUAUAGACAUAGAUAUAGAUAUAAAGAUAUAUGGCAGUCUCGUUUCUCCUCUCCCUCUCGAGUAGGUUCCUCCGCCGCUCCAUCGCAUCGGCUGGCCUCACAUCUCAAACGGUGGAAAUCGAAGACGAUGUCGGUACCACCAUCCACUUGUGGGGACCACCUGCCCCCACCUCCAAACCUCCGGUUCUACUCAUACACGGGUUGGGUCCUCAGAGCAUAUGGCAAUGGCGCAAUCAAAUCUCCUUCUUUGCCCGUGAUUUUGACGUUUAUGUCCCUGAUCUGUUAUUCUUCGGUGACUCCUUCACCAAAUCCACCGAUAGGACCGAGAUUUUCCAAGCCACUUGUCUUGCUAAACUCUUUCAAAAACUCGGGAUUUCUCGGUAUUCGAUAGUGGGGACGAACUACGGUGGAUUCGUGGCAUACCACAUGGCGGCAAUGUGGCCGGAGAGGGUUGAGAAGGUGGUGUUUGCCAGCUGUGCUGUGAACAUGAGUCGGAGGGACACAAACGAGCUGAUGCAGAGAGCAAAAGUCGAAAAGAUCGAGGAUCUGUUGAUGCCGGUCAACGCUACGCAGCUCAGGAAAUUGCUCGCAUUCAUAGCCGUCCGGCCGCCCUACUUGCCGGAUUUUUUGCUCAAGGGUUUUGCUGAGAAAUUGUAUUCAAAAUCCAGGAAAGAGAAGCUCGAACUCUUGAAAGAAGUUACCAUUGGAAAGAAUGACACUGUCACCAUUUCUCCCUUGCAGCUGCAGGUAUAUAUACAUAUAUGUGUAUAUAUGUAUGUAUAUAAAACAUAG